AUGGCCUCCAAUGCAGGACAACGCAAAACUAAUCCUCCUGAAAGGCUCAUUGACCAGGUACUGCAAGUCGCCCCAACCAUCAUGCCGACCUCAGAACCCAAUAAUUCCCUUUCGGAAACACCCAAAGAGGUUACCUUGGCGGAUCUCAUGGUCAUGAUGAAGCAAAUGCAAGAGGAAACCAGAACUACACAAAAGGCACGUUUUGAUCGUCUUGAUGAUCAAUUUAAAGUUAUCCAAAAUAAUUUGAGUCAACACGACACACGGAUAUCUAAGGUGGAGAAGAAUGUGUCUGCGCUACAUAAAAAUCAGGUCGAUCAGCAAGCCACAGUCAAGUGCUUGCAUGUCAAGUGA